AUGAAGAAGUUGUUGAGAGCCCGUUCGACUCCCUGCUCGGAUGAUCUCGAAACUCUCCCGCUCCCAGAGAUCCGCUCUCCUCUCCUCCGACGAUCUCGCUCGCAUCCUAUCUCAGGCAGUCCCAUAGACCUGAUACGCCUCCGCCUUUGUCUCUUGCAGCACCUUGACUUCACCUCUCACUUUCUCGCCUUCCUUCAUUCCUUCCAUCCUUCCCCUUAUGCUAAUCGAUUCGAUCUUGGCUUUCAGUCUCAAAGGAUAGUCCUCGGCUUUCUCAAGGGCCAGUCAAGUGGAGAUGAUGACGCAAAGGUUUCCAGCUAUGUUAUUUUGCACAGUAUGUUCGCCGCUGCUGAGUUAAGGUCUGAUAAGGCUAUGCUUCAAAAUUGGGUCUAUCACUCCGAGCCGGAUGGCGAAACUCCUCAGCCAGAACUUGAACAAGAUGUCAAGGAACAAUGCAUGAAGUUGGGGGCUGCUGAUUCACCGAAAUUUUUGAAAAACGAUCAGAACUACACCUAGUUAUUCUCCGAUACAGUUGUUUAUCAUGGAUGCGCUCACGUCCACGGAGCCACAGAGAUGAGAUCUUUUAUCUCGAAAAUGUUGUGUCUCCAUAUCCCAAUGUUGAUCAGACGAUCUAAAUCACAUCUUCAGGAUACAGUGUACAUCAUAAAAAUAUCAUAACCGUUAGAUUGACGAUGAGACAUGAGGAUAUAAUAUUUUCAGAACAGAGGAUGUCAUCUCCACAGUUGCCACCUCCGUUCAGAUGCAGAAAAGGUCCAAAUUUUUUUAUAUAGGACUGUGUUACGCUGCAUCCCGGGCGUCCGCGUAUCCACUAAAAUUCUAACAUUUAAUCUGAGAGAGCAAAAUUUAUGCAAUUAAGUAAUGUCAAUCCAGAUGACUGGAUUUGGAUAUAUUGUUUUAAAAUCUCAAUUCAAAUCCGAUUUUAAUUUGAAACCCUUAAGUUUGAACUCGAUCAAUCUGAACCUGAUCUGUAUAAUCUGGAAAAAAAAUCAGAUUCGAAAUAAUUUUUAAAUUAUUUUUUCUAUAAUUUUUUAUUUUUAUUUUAAUACUCUAUAGUUAUAUAUUAAUAUAUAAAAAAAUUAAUAUGAGCCAGCCAUGAGUCUGAAGGUUGGAUAAGGAACUCGAGAACUAGAUAGAAUAUGUCUAGAUAUAGAAAUGAAAAUAGAUUGAAUGUCAUUUGAACACUAGUUAACUUAUAUACGAUUAUAUAUAUACUAUUCCAAUAAAUCAUGAUAAAUGCAAAUACUUUAUGUAAAUUUGAAUUUGAUUAAGAAUGAAAACAAAAUCAUUUAAAGAAUAGUCUGAUGUAUGAAGCUCAUGUUAAUACAGGUCUCAAAAAAAAAACAAAUCUGAUAAUAAUUUAAUUUAUCAUAUACAAUCUUAUCAUGUAUUAUAAUACAUGAGAGUGUUUUCACGACUCACAUAUAUAUGAUAUGAUCUUAAGAUUAUACGAUAACAAUUUUAUCAUUACAUCAAGACACUUUAAAAAAAAAACAUUUCUAAUUUAAAAAUGCUUCUAUCCCGUUCUAAGAGGUAAAUAACAGAAUAAUUUGAUCAAGGUAUGCUGAAUAUGUAAAAUUGUGGUCCAAUAAAGAAAAGCAAGCAAUCCUAAGUCAGCACAACCUUUUAUUCUCAUUCAUCACAAGCAUGCCACCUGUGUGUGGAAACAUCUUUAUCUUUUUGUACGUGGAGUGAUCUUAUUGAUAGGGCGAAAAAGAGUUCGAGUUAGACACUAUUAGCUAAGAAAAUACCAACUAAAUAAGCUUAUUAUUUGUCAAACUGUGUAUUGUUCUAACUUAACGAACACUCAAGAAUUCUAAGUUUACAUUUAACCCAUGACUGUAUAUCGAUUGCUAGAGGUGAGGAAUUGACUCUCAUAUUGUAUAAAGGAAAGAGAAAGUUCAAUCAAAGGAUACUAUUUGAAGAUGAUGACUCUUAUACUCUACUGCUUAGGGAUGGCUCAAACACCACCUAUAAAUACAGAGUUCGAUUCAACUCAAAUAAUUUUAAGAAACUUAGACAUGGCAAAGAAGACCUCACUUAAUAAAAAAA